GGUGCACCCCCGACCCUCUAGAGAGCUUGAGUUCCCAUCAUCACGCCCUCCCGACCGACCAUCCACAUCCCACACCACCCUUUCCGAACUUCGAUUCUUCUUCCCGCGUCGACUUUUUCGAACGAAUUCUCCUGGUUUCCGAGUAUCCUGCAGCGAUCUUGGAUCUUGUCCCUCGUCACACUCCUUCACAAUGUCCUCCCCUCGCCCUUCCUCGCCCGUUAACGGAGCCGGCGCCGCCGCUUCUGGCGCCAGCGUCGCGCGUCCCUCCUCGCCUACUCCUCCCGGCGGUCCCAGAACCGCCAUCCGUCGCCGCGCGGCUGCCGACCAGAAGGAGAAGAUUGCGAAUGCGCGGCCGAACAGCACGAGAGCUGCCGGUGCUGGCGGUAGCAGCAGCACCAUGCUGAGACUCUACACCGAUGAGUCUCCCGGCCUCAAGGUCGACCCCGUCGUUGUUCUCGUUCUUUCCCUUGUUUUCAUUUUCAGCGUUGUCGCCCUUCACAUCAUUGCCAAGCUCACCCGCAAGUUCUCCUCUUAAGCGACCUGAGAAGACGAUCAGGAGAGAUGCAAAAGCUAGCCUUGGAUGAUGCUCACACAGCUUUGUGAGGAAUCGCAAAAGCAAUGGUGAUGCUGCCAUAACCCAAACUAAAGGGAUGCCAUUGCGACGAGAAAGAAAGAAAGAGAGGUGUGUCUGCAAAGGCACAGACUGCUUUUGGGAUAUGCGAGGAAGUGGCAUCUGGUAUCAAAAAACAACACAAAAGCAACCUUUUGACGAUAAUGGACAGUGGAGUGCCUGCUUGUGCUCGAGAGGGGGAGUACUUUGGUUGAAGAGGCAGAGAGCAUGACUGAUGCGCGCCGCUGUAUUAUACCUCUUUUUACAUUUUAUUACGCUUCUAGUCCAG